GACUGGCUAUAUAGACAGCAGACAGAGUCAUCAUCCAGCCCUCUUUCUCUCCUCCGAAACCAGGCUCCACCUCUCUCUCUCUCUCAUUCCCUCCCUGUCUCUCCCUCUCUCUCUCUUUCUCUUUCUCUGUCAGCCUCACACUCACACACAUAACACACACACACUCUGUGUUCCCACGACUCCCUUUUCCUACUCCAGAUGAGCGUGUCUCCUCGUCAGGGCGAGCAGAUUUGGAGCUGAAGGUGUGCUGCUGUUGCCAGUGAGCUGCCAGUUGGAAAGGAAGACUGGAAGAAACCCCUGUGAGAUACUAUCGGAGCGUCUGCCGGUGAGCGAGGAGGUAGCAUUUAAAGAGACACCGCGGCAGGCGUUGUUGAGUUAAAGUGCCUCAUCGAGCUCCCUCAGAGAAAGCUGAACUUGUGUGUCUGAACCCCUUCCUGGGAUUGUGAAGAGGACCCAGGGAAGACAGCGUGCUGCCAGCAUCUGCCUGGCUGCCCCAGCAUCGCCACGAUGAAUGAGAGUCGAAGGGAAGCGCUGGCGGCGGCGGCGCCCGUGCCCACCACCGCCUCCUCCUCCACAGCUGGCUCCAACACCACCAACAUGGCCGGCACAGGCGCCGGCGAGAAGGACGAGAACUUUUCCAAGCUGAAGGACAAGUUCAUGAAUGAGCUGAACAAAAUCCCUUUGCCAUCAUGGGCCAUCUUCUCUAUUGCCUUCGUGGCGAUCAUCCUGGUGUUGGCGUGCUGCUUCUGCAUCUGCAAAAAAUGGAUAUUCAAGAAGAAAAACAAAAAGAAGGGCAAAGACAAGGGCAAAAAUGCCAUCAACAUGAAGGACGUCAAAGAUGGGGCCAAAACCGAGGAUGAGGAGGAUGCGGAGACAGGGCUGACUGAAACGGAGAAAGAGGCCGAGCCCAAGGAGGACGAGAAACUGGGCAAAUUACAAUACUCCCUGGAUUACAAUUUCACGGAGAAUACGCUCAUAGUGGGGAUCAUCCAGGCGGCGGAGCUGCCUGCCAUGGACAUGGGUGGCACAUCCGACCCAUACGUAAAGGUCUACCUGCUGCCUGACAAGAAGAAGAAGUUUGAGACCAAGGUCCACAGGAAGACCCUCAACCCCGUCUUCAAUGAGCAGUUCACCUUCAAGGUCCCCUACGUAGAGCUCGGCGGGAAGACGCUGGUGAUGACGGUGUACGAUUUCGACCGCUUCUCCAAACACGACGCCAUCGGUGACAUCAAGGUGCCCAUGAAUAAGGUGGACUUCAGCCACAUAACAGAGGAGUGGCGGGAUCUGCAGAGCGCCGAGAAGGAGGAGCAAGAGAAGCUGGGUGAUAUCUGCUUCUCUCUGCGAUACGUUCCCACCGCCGGCAAGCUGACCGUGGUCAUCCUCGAGGCCAAAAACCUGAAGAAAAUGGACGUGGGAGGCUUGUCAGAUCCAUAUGUGAAGAUCCACCUGAUGCAAAACGGCAAGAGGCUGAAGAAGAAGAAGACGACAAUCAAGAAGAACACCCUCAACCCUUACUACAAUGAAUCUUUUAGCUUUGAAGUCCCGUUUGAACAAAUCCAGAAAGUGCAAAUUGUUAUAACUGUUCUGGACUAUGACAAGAUCGGCAAGAACGAUGCCAUCGGCAAGGUCUUUGUGGGCCUCAACAGCUCGGGGACGGAGCUGCGCCACUGGUCCGACAUGCUGGCCAACCCCAGGAGACCCAUCGCUCAGUGGCACGUGCUGAAGCCUGAGGAGGAGGUGGACGCUCAACUCUCCACCAAGAAAUAGGCAGGGCCCUUUCAGCACCUGCCUUGUAGUACUCUUUAGCCAGUAUGUGUAAAUACCUCAGUGAUAUAUGGGUCCAUCCAUGUAACCCCCUCUUUAACCCGCCUCACCCAGCUUUACUGCUCCUAAUUUCACACACAGUCUUUAUUGUUGAAUCUCCCUGCGACAUCCUGUCCUCUGCUUUUUCUUUUCUAUCAGGUUCUCACUUUUUCGCUUUCUCUCUUUUUUUUUUCUUUUUUUUGUUCCAUUCUAAUUCAGCAGUUUUGUUUUCCAUCUUCAAACCCUAAACUGCCCCGACCAAAUGCCCCCUUCUUUUAAGCAAUAUGAUCUGUAUAGAUAGCGCAUGACUGAAAGAAUUUAUUGUACCACAGUUGUAUAUAUAAGUAUGCAGACAAAAAUGAUUUCUAGUUUAUGUGUUUGUAUGUUGUUACCCGUUUCCUAAUCUGUGUAUAUCUUGAUGUUUUUAAUAAGAUGUUCUAUUUUAAAUUAUGUAAAUGCAGAUAUAGAGGAAAGCCAAUAUUAUAUAUCCCAGGAUUUAAAAAUUCUACCUUAUUACCUUAUUGCAUUCCAGAAAAAACAAACAAAUUCCAACGUGCAAGACGCUAGUGGAAAUAUAUUCACAUUGUAAAGGACGAUGUCUGGCUUUAAGUUCAGCAAAGGAUCAUCACAGACAAGACAAACAGAUGAAUAUAUACACACAAAACUCUAAAAUACAAGGCCAUUAACUGAUAUGGUUCUGUGGGAAAAAUUAUGCUGCUGGAAAUUAUACAAGCACAUGAUUUCUUACGACUUUUUGUACUUAUUUCUCAAUCAGAGGACCUAUAUGUUUUAGCUUGAUGCACACCAGAAACAAUAGUCAAUACAAUCCAGUAAGCAUUUCAUUUCUCCACAUUUAGCAGUAUCCUCUAAGUGAAAUAGGUCCUCGUUUUAAAGGCCAUCGUUUCACUUCUUCGGGCUUGUUUUCUUUUCCGACAGUGGAAAAUGUUGCCUCCAAAAAAAACAACAAAACAAAACAAAAAAAAAAACCACUCAUUUCUUAACCCUUCAGCAACAAACCCCAUGUGAAAAAGCACCAAGCUGUAGCCAUUGUGUCCUUAAGCUCGUUUAACAAUAUUUUGUUAACUGCUUACUUUAAACAGCCUUGUCGUUGUUGGAAGUAUAUCGCAUUUAGGCCGGGGUCCGAUCUUCGAGAUGGAGUUUAAAAAAAGAGUCGCGACUCCUGGUUUUAAGAGGACUAUUUUUUAGAGCAAUUCAACGUCUUGACUAUUUUUCGUAAACUGCAUGAUUUUUUUUACAAUCUUUACUAAAGGCUGGGACGGGGGGAGAUCUACUGACACCAGGGGAAGCUCUUCUGAUACUAUCCCCUUGCCUUCAAUCAGAGGAGAGGAAGAAAAUCAAGAGUAACUUUGGGUCAAUGUAACAUUGACGGAGGUUAAGCGAGUUUCUAAACACUGCCAUUUUCAGGGAGGUGACUCAUGUAGAUAUCCUCUCUUCAUGCACACUCCCACUUGCUAGUGGUUGUAGCUUUGGUUUAUUGGGAACAAUGUCUUUGGCUGCAAUGGUGCCCUGAAUCGCAGUCUUUGCUUUGCGUUGCCUUCUCACAGUGACAAUAGAGCUAGCCAUGUUUUACUGCCAGUUUUAACUUUUUAUGUGGCUGCUGUUUUGCACUGGAUGUCUUUGAACUAGCUUGUUGACUUCUUUAUUAACCAUUUCUGGACGAUUGUUGGCUUGCUUUAUUUCAGGACACCUGCAGGGGGAGCCAGAAAUCCUCCUGCUUGAUCGGCUUAAUUAAAAAUGAAGAAAGCAAUGAUGACAAAUCAAGUUUCAGCCAACAGCAGUGGCAUCUGUUUCGUUUUCAUGUUGGCACAGGACUACACCAGGAGAAUGCGAAAUAACCGUAAAAGUUAAUGGUCUGUGUAGGCUAUUAGUCCAUCAUGUCCUUUACUACGGGUCCAAUUAGGAAAGGAAUGAGUUUUAAUCCAUGAAAACCAUGAAGUCUCUUAUCUUGGAGGAACCUCUUGCAUAUAUUCGAUGCUAGCUUCAGGAGGACUUUCUAAAUGUUUUCAAUGUUAUUGUGUAGUUGAUAGCACUAUUAUGAAAAAGCUACUUGUCAUUCCAUAGGAGUCUCUGAGGACUGCUUUGUGUAUCACUGUGACUGCCGUGUGUGCUUAGAGAUGUAGACUUAUCAGUAGGUAGCGAAACCAGUUUGUUCUGUAGUGAUGUCGUAGCGUUUAAUGCCAUUUUCCCUUCUACACGCAGAGAAAGAAAGAGAGAGCGAGAGCGCAUGGCGUCGCCCGACUGCACACGGCCAAAAAAAGCGAAACAAAACAAAAAGACGUUUUAUCCGAGUGCAAGCGGGUCGCCUCACACAGCAUUUUGUUGAGCACUGUGCAAUACUUGUAUGUUCAUCCCAUAGUGUUAACGUGGGUGGCGUAGCCCGAAAAAAAAGAUUCUAACCCUAGGUGGAUGAUUCCAGUCCAGAGAGAUGUUUCCUCCUUUCCAGUGAGAUGGUUAGGACACAGCACACGUAGAUUCAGCUUAUAGGUUGGAGCUUGACACCUGCUGACCUCUGUUUAGGGUUCCCUCCCUUUUCACAGGUUUGUUUUUCUCUUCUUGCACACAGUUCCAGCAUCAGAAGUUUCAGGGAGUAUUAGUUAAAUACCAAACGAGAUUCUGCAUUUAAAUAUCCCCUUAAAAUGCCAUGUAUAUAUUUACAUAAUCAUGUCAAAAAUGUAUAUCUAGAAUAAAUAUAAAGUGACAUGAAUAUGAUUAUUCAGCCGUAAAUAUCAUUCUAUCUAUCUAUCAUCCAUAUACUAUUUCUCAUCUUUAUUUCAUUUUUCCUCAUGGAGUUUUUUUCAAUUAUUUGUUAUCUGCCCUGUUGAUUCAAAACCCCUUUUAUAUUUGAGAUGAAAACUCUGAAUGUACAGUAUAGACUGUGUUAGUGUAGAUUUCUUUAAACGUGAGAUUAGAUGUACUUUGCACUUUUUGUUGUAAAAAAAAAUUGUCAUUUUGUUAUAUUUUUUCAACUAUUAUGAAUUUAAUUCAUAAACCUCCCUCUCUCCGAUAGCAUUCCAAAAACCAUUGACUAUACUUUAAUACAGCAGCAUUCCCAAUCCCUCUUCGCCAGAGGGAUCCCUUUAUUUGACAUGUUUUUACAUACGUAGACUCAUGAAUUCCAGUACAGCUUCAGAUCUAAAUGUAAAAAUGGAUUAAGGUACAAGGUAAAAGGCUCUGCAAAAAAUAUGGCCUGAGCAAUUCAACAUGAAUACUAAUGCAAAAAACGGUUGUACUAACGGAAUUACCCGAUCAAAGCUGAAAGAAAAUAUCAAACAGAAUUCGUGACAGGACACGUGUAUAAACGCAUCAGGGAAUUCAGUAAUGGGCAGCAUUGCAGAAACCCAUUGGAUUGCGAGGGGUGUGUGUGUGUGGGGGGGGGGGACCCCACAAAGCAAAAAGCCAUUACCUGCACUGCAACGCAAUGCUCCUCUUAUUACGAUUUCCUACCAAAGUAUGCACGCAUAAUCAAAUCCCCAAAUUCUUCUCUUUGUAAAAGAAAAAUAUCAAGCUCUCUGUGUGACAAGGAACUCACGAUUCUCUCAAGUGACACCGACGAAAAGCCACACUGACCUUUCAAAAACAAAGCUGUGUAAAGUAUUAGAAUCUGAUGCUGUAGAAAGAUCCUAGUUGCCUUUGUGUAUAUCAACUGCCUGCUUGAGUAUUUUGUGUGUGGAAAUUUUCUCUGUAAUCUUGUAGAACUGUUUGGGGUGUUUUUUCCUGCCAUAUCGCUCGCAGUGACGGCGAGCCUGCUGACAGUUAUAUUUGCUGUGUAUACCUUCAUUUUUGACGAGGUGUUUUACAGUUUUGUUUCACUUUGUGUAGUGAUUCACUCUGUGGAGUUUUCUGACUGUUGUUAUAUAACUUCAUAUACACAAAUGAUCAAUAAAAAUGUUUUAUUUCCUGUUGAUACAGAA